AUGGCAUCUCCAGCACAGUGCUUUUAUUGCUUUGAGACUCUCGCCUCUUCAUUUGAAAACGAAGAACCACCUAGUCUCGCUGCCAUAGAAGAAUCAUGGUGGCAUUACAAUCAAACCAAAAGCGAUAAAGCUGCCCUUUUAGAAGAGAAUGAUGAUUUGGCGAAUACUGAGGAAGGUUUCAACGUGGAACAACCACCCAGCAUCAAAUUGCCUCCUGUAUCCCGCCUCCAGGAACAACAAGGGACACCAUCGGAUUCCUCGAGUGUUUCAACAACACCGUCCACACUGUCCAGCCAUUCUUCCCAGUCUGUAUUAUCAAAUACCACUACCGUGACAACGCCAGGAGAGUCCCUGGGCUACCAGCGAAGCAAGCUCUCAAAUCAGCUAUAUCCACUUUUCGUCACAUGGGACUUGAUUUCAAGACACGGCCACAAGUCUCUUCGUGGAUGUAUCGGCACAUUUGAAGCGCAAGAGCUUUCUAUAGGCCUGAAAAACUAUGCUCUAAUCUCUGCUUUGGAGGAUACUCGCUUCUCACCUAUCCCGCCUUCGCAGCUGCCAUCGCUAUCCUGCUCUCUAACCCUCCUCAGCGACUUCGAGCCUUGUGUAGAUGCCAUGGACUGGGAGUUGGGUGUACACGGCUUGCGAAUCUCCUUCAUCCACCGAAACCGACGAUAUGGCUCCACCUAUUUACCCGACGUGGCCGUCGAACAAGGCUGGACCAAAGAGGAAACAGUCGAGAGCUUGAUGCGUAAAGCCGGCUGGGAUAGCAGCGCCGCGCGACGACUGCUUAAGGGAAAUGGUGGGAACGCGUGGGACGAGGUUUCCGAUUUCAAGGCUACUCGUUAUCAGGGCCUCAAGGCGUCUGCGACCUAUGGCGAGUGGCAAGACUGGAGGAACUGGGUAUAUGCUGACAAGUCAAGACUAGAGUUGCUUCAGUCGUGA